GGAACAUCGCCAGAAUUGAAGAAGGUAUCGGCGAGAAAAUUGGGGUAUUUCUAUAUUUUGAAUCGAGUUUCGUGGCUGGAAUCAUUAUGGCUCUCGUGAAGGGCUGGAAAUUAGCUCUAGUCUGCAUGGUAUCGCUACCAAUAUCCACCACCAUCAUGGGAUUGAUAACAACGGUUUCAACAAAGUUCUUCCAACAAGAAAUGGAUUCCUACGGAUCCGCAGGUGCAAUAGCUGAAGAAGUCCUCAGUUCUAUAAGAACAGUAGUUGCUUUCGAUGGCCAAAAGAAAGAGACAGAAAGAUAUAACAAUCAUCUCAUCCAAGCUAAGGAUAAUAACAUCAAACGAGGAUUAUUCAAUGCCUUGAGCAACGGUUGUUUAUGGUUCUUCGUUUAUGCGUGUUAUGCUUUAUCGUUCUGGUAUGGGGUUGGGUUGAUACUCGAAGAAGAAGAUCUACCACCGGAACAACAGGUGUAUAAUCCGGGUAAUAUGGUGUCAGUAUUCUUCUCUACUCUCAUAGCGACCUGGAACUUUGGUAUGGGAGCCCCUCUGUUGGAAGUCUUCAGUGCGGCUAGAGGAGCUGCACAAAAAAUCUUCUUUGUUUUGGAUAGUGAACCAAAAAUUGUGAGGAACCAAAACGAGGGGAUAAAACUGAGAAAAUUUCGAUCAAAUAUCACUUUUCAAAAUGUAUUUUUUAACUAUCCCACUCGACCAGAUGUGAAGAUUCUCCAAGGACUAAACCUUCAGAUCAAUUGUGGAGAAACCAUAGCGUUGGUUGGUAAUUCAGGCUGCGGUAAAUCAACGUGUAUUCAGUUGCUUCAAAGGUUUUAUGAUCCUAUUGUUGGAAAUAUCUUCCUUGACGACAUCGACAUACGAGAUCUAAACCCCAGCUGGUUGAAACAAAAAAUUGGCGUCGUUAGCCAGGAACCAGCCUUGUUUGCUACUUCGAUUGCAGAAAAUAUCCGGUAUGGUAAGUUGACCGCUACUCAGGCAGAAAUAGAAGAGGCAGCUAAGAAAGCCAACGCUCACAAGUUCAUCUCAAGCCUACCGCAUGGUUAUCUAACAAUCAUCGGUGAAAGAGGAGCUCAGCUCUCUGGAGGACAGAAACAACGGAUUGCCAUCGCUAGAGCUUUGGUGAGGAAGCCUGAAAUACUUCUUCUAGAUGAGGCUACUUCUGCUUUGGAUACCACCAGCGAAGCGGAAGUCCAGGCAGCUCUGGAUUCGAUCAGCGGCGAGUGUACAACAAUAAUAGUGGCUCAUCGUCUAUCAACCAUCAGAAACGCGCACAGGAUAGUCUUCAUAGCCGACGGAGAAGUCAGAGAGAUAGGAACCCAUACUGAACUGAUGAUGAAGGCAGGUGCAUAUUACAGCCUGGUGAAUUCUCAAGGACUGACGGACACGAGUGAAAUGCAAGGAGAUAGAAGACUGAGUAAAACCCUGAGUUGGUCAAAUAAAUCUGAACAUGUAAAUGAAGAAGAAGAAAUCGAGGAGGAAGUAUCUGAACAAACCCCAAGGCAAGGUGUGCUGAUGAAAGUACUUAAAAUGUCUGCACCAGAGUGGUACUACAUUGCCAUAGGAUGUACUGCCUCCAUCCUCACAGGUGCAUCCCUACCAGUUUAUGGGCUAGUCUUUGGAGACAUAGUGGGAGUUUUAGCUAUUGAGGACAACGAAAAGGUCAGAUCAGAAACGAAUAUGUUUUGCCUGUAUUUCCUGAUACUUGGAAUAGUUACUGGACUAGCUACGUUAUUUCAG